AGCAUUGUGUGCAGAGGGGUGAUAAAUCAGCCUUCUGUUAAAGGAAAGAAAUUACCACGGCAGAGCCUGUAUGCUCGCAGGCACCAUUAUUCCUAUCCAGGUUUGUCCAUUCAGCGCUCAUUACCAAAACCACCAGUUCGAUGUUACUCUGCGCUGUCUCGUCCCCCAUUACGGAGAAGCAAACUUCUGUCUCUAAAUAUUGCAUAUCAGACUCAGCGCAACUUCUGGAUUGCUAGGUUGGCAUCCAGGCUGCUAAAACUGCGCUACCUGGUAUUAGGAUCAGCUGUUGGUGGUGGAUACACAGCUAAAAAGACAUAUGACCAGUGGAAGGACAUGUUCCCUGACCUUAGUGAAUACAAGUGGAUUGUCCCUGAUUUCAUAUGGGAGUUAGAUGAGCACAUCAAUUUUGAUAAACUCAGUAAAGCACUUCCGGAUUCCGAGGAGUUAGCCAAACUUUUGCCAGACUUUGACAAAAUAGGGGAAAGUUUUAGUUUUGUUAAAAGUUGGCUUUCAUCAGCCCCUGGAAGUUCCACUGCUUUUAAAGCUACUGACAGCCAGAAUUUUGAUGGCUCUGAAAGGCAAUAUAAAAAGGUACCCGACAAAGAGAAAGUUGAUCAGCUGCAGGAGGAGCUUUUACAGACCCAGUUGAAAUACCAGCGUAUUCUUGAACGAUUAGAGAAGGAGAACAAAGAUUUGAGGAAGCUGAUGCUGCAAAAAGAUGACAAAGGAAUUCAUCAGAGGAAAGUCAAGAAAUCCUUGAUAGAUAUGUAUUCUGAAGUGUUGGAUAUCCUGUCUGAUUAUGAUGCAAACUAUAACACGCAAGACCAUUUACCAAGGGUAGUUGUAGUUGGAGACCAGAGUGCAGGAAAAACCAGUGUCCUGGAAAUGAUAGCACAAGCACGUAUCUUUCCUAGAGGAUCAGGAGAGAUGAUGACCCGCUCUCCAGUAAAGGUUACUCUCAGUGAGGGUCCUCACCAUGUUGCUAUGUUUAAGGACAGCUCCCGGGAGUUUGAUCUCACAAAGGAAUCAGAUCUUGCAGCUUUGAGGGAUGAAAUAGAAGUACGAAUGAGAAAAAGUGUGAAGAAUGGACAGACUGUAAGCCCUGAGACCAUUUCUCUAAGCGUAAAAGGUCCUGGAAUCCAGAGAAUGGUGCUUGUGGAUCUCCCAGGAGUUAUCAGUACGGUCACUUCUGGGAUGGCUCCAGAUACCAAAGAAACCAUCUUUAGCAUCAGUAAAGCAUAUAUGCAGAACCCUAAUGCUAUUAUCCUCUGUAUACAAGAUGGGUCUGUUGAUGCAGAAAGAAGCAUUGUCACUGACCUUGUAAGCCAAAUGGAUCCCCAAGGCAGACGCACCAUUUUUGUCUUGACCAAGGUAGACCUUGCUGAGAAGAAUGUAGCCAGCCCUAAUCGAAUUCAGCAAAUAAUUGAAGGAAAACUAUUCCCAAUGAAAGCACUUGGGUAUUUUGCUGUUGUAACUGGAAAAGGCAACAGCAAUGAAAGCAUUGACUCCAUCAAGGACUAUGAAGAAGAAUUCUUUCAAGGAUCAAGUCUUUUGAAAAAAGGGAUGCUGAAGGCUCAUCAGGUCACCACCAAGAAUUUAAGUCUUGCUGUUUCCGAUUGUUUUUGGAAAAUGGUCCGGGCAUCUGUAGAACAACAGGCUGAUGCUUUCAAAGCUACUCGUUUUAAUCUGGAAACGGAAUGGAAGAAUAAUUAUCCCAGGCUGCGUGAGCUUGACAGGAAUGAACUGUUUGAAAAAGCCAAGAAUGAAAUCCUUGAUGAAGUUAUCAGUCUUACCCAGGUUACACCAAAGCAUUGGGAAGAGAUCCUCCAGAGAACACUGUGGGAGAGAGUGUCCACCCAUGUGAUUGAGAACAUUUACCUACCAGCUGCACAGACCUUGAACUCUGGUACUUUCAACACCACUGUAGACAUCAAACUGAAACAAUGGACUGACAAACAACUGCCUCAUAAAGCAGUGGAGGUGGCUUGGGAAACCCUUCAGGAGGAGUUCUCCCGAUUUAUGACAGAGCAGAAGGGUAAGGAGCAUGAUGACAUUUUUGACAAGCUAAAAGAAGCGGUGAAAGAGGAGAGCAUCAAGAGACAUAAGUGGAAUGAGCAAGCAGAAGACAGUUUGCGAGUAAUUCAGCACAAUGCUUUAGAGGACCGUUCCAUCUCAGACAAGCAGCAGUGGGAUGCUGCAAUACAUUUCAUGGAGGAGACCUUACAAAGCCGCUUAAAAGAUACUGAAUCUGUCAUACGGGAUAUGGUUGGCCCAGGCUGGAAAGAGCGGUGGUUUUCUUGGAUAUCUCGUACUCCAGAGCAGCAUACACGGAAUGAAACAAAAAAUGAGCUUGAAAAGAUGAUGAAGAUUAAUGAAGAUCAUCCUGCAUAUCUUGCCAGUGAUGAAGUCACUACAGUCAGAAAGAAUCUAGAAACACGGGGAGUUGAAGUUGACCCAGUCUUGAUUAAGGACACAUGGCACCAAGUUUACAGAAAACAUUUCUUGAGGUCUGCUCUUGGUCACUGUAAUCUUUGCAGGAGAGGAUUCUAUUACUAUCAGAGACAUUUUGUGGAUUCUGAGCUGGAAUGCAAUGAUGUGGUCCUUUUUUGGAGAAUACAGCGGAUGUUGGCAAUCACUGCAAACACCUUAAGGCAGCAACUAACAAACACAGAAGUAAGGCGAUUAGAGAAGAAUGUCAAAGAGGUCUUGGAAGACUUUGCUGAAGACAGUGAUAAAAAAGUUAACUUGCUCACCGGAAAGAGGGUCCAACUAGCAGAAGAUCUUAGU